AUGGAAACCUGCGUUCUGAUACCCAAAGAAUUUUCCUUGGCACUAGCGAACGAUCGAUCCAACUACAAGGGCCUCUUCAAGAAUGAUUCAGGCAGUUUAGUUACGGACGUCAGGAUAUCCGUAUGGUCCAACGUGCUUAUUCCGGCAGGGACGUUGAUCUACCCCUUUCAGGGUUCCAUUCGAUUCGACAAGAUCGACCUUUACUCCCUUCUCGAUGACAAUGAUAUCAGACGCGAAUACGGCUGCUACGAUGAAGUCUUCUUUUCAAAUUACAGCCUCAACAAGCGUCAGUGCAAUUGGAUAAGAUUCCUCCGUAUAGUUCAGUCUUACGACGAACAAGUAAACUUAAUUGGUACCAAAGUGAAAGGGGAUCCAAUCUUUGAAGUAAUAAAAGAUGUUCAACCGGAUACGGAAUUAGUGGCUUGGUUUCUUCCUACGGCAGAACAAGAUUUCGUCUUCAUACCACACGACAUGUGUUCGAGGUCUGCUCUGUACAGAUGCACGAUUGACUCCAUUUUAGAUGAAUCCCCAUUAGAUCUAUCCAUGGCGUUGCUCUCGCAUCAUUCGUCAUCAACGAUCUCACAUUCAUAUUACGAGGUAGACGAAUACGAAUCCACGUCUGAAGAGUCUUCGUCAUCGACAUUAUCCUUGACAGGAGAUCAUUUAGACUGCAGCAUUUUAACGACAAUUAAAAGAGGGGAGCGGGUUCUGUUGCCGUGUGAGGUCUGUGGGAAGUCCUUUGAUAGACCAUCCCUUCUGAAGCGACAUAUGAGAACGCAUACAGGAGAGAAACCGCAUGUUUGUAUGGUGUGCAACAAGGGUUUCUCAACGUCGAGUUCGUUGAAUACGCAUAAACGAAUCCACAGCGGUGAAAAACCUCAUCAGUGUCUUGUUUGCGGUAAGAAGUUUACGGCCUCCUCCAAUCUCUAUUAUCAUCGUAUGACUCACAUCAAGGAAAAACCACACAAGUGUUCACAAUGCUCCAAGUCGUUCAAAAAACCUACACCGGGAGAUCUUAAGAGUCAUAUGUACGUGCAUAAUGGACUAUGGCCGUUUAGGUGCCAUAUUUGUAGCCGUGGUUUCAGUAAACCGACCAAUCUUAAAAACCACAUGCUACUACAUCUUGGCAGAUGUUCGAACAAGAAGAUCGUCAAAUCCAUUUCCGACUACUGACCAACGGAUAACGCCCCCUCGAUAAUUUAGAAAAUCUAUCGAGAAAUCUAUAUUUCGCUAUUAUACGUGAUAGAAAUU